AUGGGAAGAAGAUUGCCAAACAAGCCCACUGCUGAGCUAGGAACUGGUGCUGGAUUGCCUGCUGGAAAACGACCAAGGUCUAUCAAAGAUCCUCUUUCUACCUUGCUAAAGCCCUUCCAUAUUCCAAUAAAGUUGAGGUCUUCGAAUAUCCACUCAAACUUGCCCUUACGAAAAGCGCGAACAAAGCUAAUAAACUACUCUGAAGGCCAGGAAACCGUAAAUGGCAGAAAUGACGACUCAUUCUCAAUCAACGAGUUCAGCAGAUCUGUCAAGAAGAUCAAUGCUUUGCAUCCAAGAAGAAUUCUUAUAAAUGCCGAUUUCAAUAGCAACAUUCAAAUAACCUUCAAAAAGUCUUUCACGGUGCCUUUCACUAACCAAACAAAAAAAAAUAUCAACACCUUCAGUCUAAACCAACCUCCUCCUCCCUUGGGCACAAGGCGAAAGCCAAUAUUACUACCAAGGCCUUUGUUUGAUCCCAAUGAUGAAUUUGCAAUAGUUCUAUACGAUCCAACCAUCGAUGUAUUUCCCACCAUACCACCGCCUGCUUCAGAAGCUUCUUCGUCUGAAUCCUCUUCUUCGAUAGAGCUAAUCGAUGAAAACCAAUCUGUCAGUGAAAAUGAGAACAAUUCUGUCCUUGAAAGACCUUCAAAAAGAAGAAAGGUUCAUAAAAGCCUUGCUGAAAUUUUAGGCAUAAACAAGAACCCUGAAGAUGUCAUCAAAAAUGCCCCCAAUGUCCCUGUAAUAAUAGACCCCAAACUAUCAAAAAUAUUGCGUCCACAUCAAAUAUCCGGUGUCAAAUUUCUCUAUCGUUGUACUGCUGGUUUAAUAGAUCCUCGAGCUCGAGGCUGUAUAAUGGCAGAUGAAAUGGGUUUAGGUAAAACUCUACAGUGCAUAGCGUUGAUGUGGACUUUACUUAAGCAAGGCCCAAGAGGCAAGAAAACAAUAGAAAAAGCCAUAAUCGUUUGUCCCUCAUCUUUAGUCAAAAAUUGGGCAAAUGAAAUCGUGAAAUGGUUGGGUGAAAACACUCUAACUCCAUUGCCAAUCGAUGGUAAAUCAACCAAGGGUUCAGAUGUUGCAACUGUUAUAAGCCAAUGGGCUCUUGCAACCGGAAGAAAUAUAGUUAGACCCGUUCUAAUCAUAUCCUACGAAACUCUAAGAAGAAACGUUGACAAAUUUCAAAACACAGAGAUUGGUUUGAUAUUGGCUGAUGAAGGCCAUCGUUUGAAAAACGGUGAAUCGUUAACUUUUACUUCUUUAAACUCUUUGAACUGUAAGAGAAGAGUAAUAUUAUCUGGUACUCCAAUUCAAAAUGAUUUAUCCGAGUAUUUUUCUCUAUUAAGUUUUUCCAAUCCUGGUUUACUUGGAACAAAAAUCGAAUUUAAGAAACUCUUUGAAAACAUAAUUUUAAGAGGAAGAGAUGCUGACGCUACUGAAAAAGAAGUCGAAAAGGGGCAAAAAAAGUUGAAUGAAUUAACACAAAUUGUAUCAAAGUUUAUAAUAAGAAGAACAAACGAUAUUUUGUCAAAAUAUUUACCUGUUAAAUAUGAGCAUGUGGUUUUUUGUACUCUAUCUCCAAUGCAAAAAAAAAUUUACAACUAUUUUGUCACUUCUCCUGAAAUCAAAAAAUUGCUAAGAGGUGUUGGUUCUCAGCCCUUAAAAGCUAUUGGUAUACUAAAAAAACUAUGCAACCAUCCAGAUUUACUAAAUCUAACCGAAGAUAUUGAAGGUUGCGAUCACUUAAUCCCUGAUGACUACGUCAGUUCAACUGCAAAUAAUGGCAGAAAUAGAGAAGUCCAAACUCAAUAUUCAGGGAAAUUUUCAAUAUUAGAAAGAUUUUUAUACAAAAUUAAAAGAGAAACUGAUGAUAAAAUUGUUUUAAUAUCCAACUAUACCCAAACUUUGGAUUUGAUCGAAAAAAUGUGCAGAAUUAAUAGAUAUGGUGUUUUGCGAUUAGAUGGAACAAUGAAUGUUAAUAAGAGACAAAAACUUGUUGAUAAAUUUAACAAUCCUGAAGGUAAAGAAUUUGUUUUUUUGCUAAGUUCAAAAGCAGGUGGGUGUGGUAUCAAUUUAAUCGGGGCAAAUAGAUUGGUUCUAAUUGACCCAGAUUGGAAUCCAGCUUCAGAUCAACAAGCUUUGGCCAGAGUUUGGAGAGAUGGGCAAAAAAAGAACUGCUAUGUUUACCGAUUUAUUUCAACAGGAACAAUUGAAGAAAAAAUAUUCCAGAGGCAAUCAAUGAAAUUGUCGUUAUCCUCAUGUGUUGUUGAUGAAGCUCAGGAUGUUGAGAGAUUAUUCUCGGCAGAUAAUUUGAAACAAUUGUUUGAAUUUUCACCCAAUCUUGUUUGUGAUACACACACUACCUAUAAUUGCAAAAGAUGUAAGAAUGGAAAACAAUUUAUUAAAUCGCCAGCGAUGCUUUAUGGUGAUUCAACAACAUGGAAUCAUAUUAAUCAUGAGGGACUAAAUAAUAUCCAAGAUUCUCUCUUGAGAAAUGAGUUCAAUUUCAAUGAUAUAAGCUUUGCAUUUCAAUACAUUUCACACUGA